AUGGGAGAAGCACGCAGCGGCGGCCGCCAUUUCCUGGUGGGUUCCAUUGUUGAAGUGCUGGAAAAAGACGCAGGCGUGCGUUUAGUUUGCACCGUGGUCCCUCCGCCCAGAAAUAUCGAGCCCGAAAAUGAGGGGAAGCUUUACGUCAGGGACAGAGCUCUCUCGGCGCGCAGAGGCCGCUCGGGAUGCCUCUACGAGUUCGUGGACGUGUCCUCCGUGCGCCCGACGCCCCCUCCGCACAAGGCGAGCAAGCGCUUCGAGCUGAACGACGUCGUCGAAGCCUACUACAUUGGCGGCUGGUGGGAGGGCGUCGUAACUGCCGUGUCCGACGGCGGCGAGAGGUUCGUGGUGACUUUUGAAAACCCCCCUGAGCCUGACGAGCUUCGGUUUCCGCCGUCGAGUCUGCGGCCGCUCUGGGAUUGGGUCGAUGGGGUUUGGACCUGGCCUCAGAGAAAGGGGGAAAAUGGGGCCUUGAAGGUGGGAGAGAAGGUGGAAGUUUCGAUUGAUUUUGAUUUCGAUUUCGAUUUUGAUUUUAGGGUUGCUUGGUUUCCGGCGGUGAUUGUGAGGGGGAAUGGGGUUUAUUCGGUGGAAUUGAAGGAUAAAAAUGUUGAAUGUGUUGGUAUUAGGCCUCCCCUCCGGUUCUAG